AUGCCGCUGAGCUAUAUCCCCAGCCCCGGUUUUGUAUUCUGUCACAAAUUCUGUGCUUCUCCAGCGAAUGUAGGCAUACUCCUGUACUGGAUGAGAUCUCCGUGCCUCCCUAGGCCUAAGGACGGCCCCUAGGUUCCUACAGAGUGCAAAACACUCCUUUUUAACCCAGGGCUGCAUAUUAGAAUAAUCUGGGGAGUUUUAAAAAUUACACCUGGGGUCCAGUUCCAGCAACUGACUCAACAAUUCUGAGACAGGAUUCAGGCAUAGGGGGUUGGUGGGCUGUAAAAGUGACCUGUGAUUCUUCUGGUAAUUCCCAGGAGGUCAGGACCACAUGACUGUCUGUGUUCCUUGCUUUAGCAUCUGGUUCAGUGGGCUCAAAAGUAAAUGUUCGCUAAAUAAAGAAUUCUUGCUUGCAGGGGGCCCAACCCAAACUCUAAACUUUUCCUAAGCCCUCUCCCAUAGGUGGUUAACUUCCCAGCACCCCAGGAAUUCUGGGGGGUGCAGCGAGUGAAUCAUUGGAAGAGGCAGGCCUGGGAAUGUGGGCUCAGAGGACAGUGGGUACAAAGGUGUUUUUCCAGAAGGGCCAAAGUCACUUUAAAGACAAACUGGAAAUCAGCACUUUGUUAUCGACAGCCAGCCCCCUCUGCCCAACUGUGCCCCCGCCCCGGAUGAGGACCAGCAGAGAGACACCAUCUUCCUCAACUCUGUUCCGCGGUGAGGCGAGGAUACAGCUGCCGGUCCGGCUGACCAUGGCCCUUUCUGUGGAGACCGAGUCGCACAUCUACCGAACUCUGCGCACUGCCUCUGGGGCUGCAGCUCACCUCGUGGCCCUGGGCUUUACCGUCUUUGUGGCUGUACUUGCCAGGCCUGGCUCCAGCCUGUUCUCCUGGCACCCUGUGCUUAUGUCUCUGGCUUUCUCCUUCUUGAUGACCGAGGCGCUACUGGUGUUCUCCCCCGAGAGCUCACUGCUGCGCUCCCUCUCCCGGAAGGGUCGAGCCUGCUGCCACUGGGUGCUGCAGCUGCUGGCCCUGCUGAGCGCACUGCUGGGCCUGGUCCUCGUUAUCCUUCACAAGGAACAACUUGGCAAAGCCCACCUGGCCACACGGCAUGGGCAGGCGGGGCUGCUAGCUGUGCUGUGGGCAGGGCUGCAGUGUGCAGGGGGCGUGGGGCUGCUGUACCCCAAGCUGCUGCCCCGAUGGCCCCUGGCGAAGCUCAAGCUGUACCAUGCCACUUCAGGGCUGGUGGGCUACCUGCUGGGUAGUGCCAGCCUCUUGCUGGGCAUGUGCUCACUGUGGUUCACUGCCUCUGUCACUGGUGGGGCCUGGUACCUGGCUGUGUUAUGCCCCGUUCUCACCAGCUUGGUCAUCAUGAAUCAGGUGAGCAAUGCGUACCUGUACCGCAAGAGGAUCCAGCCAUGAACUCUUCCCAGCCAAGGGGCAGCUAGAUUUGCCCCUCCGGAGGAGCCCGUGGAUCGUGUGUCUGGGUGAAACUGGGGCUGCAAGACGCCUCCCCAGCAACGCAGCUCGGACUUGUACUGGUAUAUCCAGAAAUUACAGGGAGAAAAAAAGAAAAUAAAAUUAUAUGAAAACUGA